UUAGAAUAAGUAGACGGAAAAAUAGUUCUUACAUAUUUCAGGAAUUAUCUAGUGAAACUCUUAUAAAAGUUGAGAAAUAUUAUUGUAAAGUGUCGUCAGAAGUGUUAUUAAUGCGAGAAUAUAAAAAUAUUUGAAAUAAUUUCAAGGUAAAUAGUGAAAUAACGACGUAAAAUGUUGGCGUAGGAAUCUGAUCUCUACCCAUAACCGCCAUAACCUCCAUUCGUGUUAUUGGAGUAGAUACGGAAUUAAGUGAGUGUCAGAUGUGUCUACCAAUUUGGAUUAUUCGAAAAGUUAUAUGGUUUUAUUUAUUUUCAGCGUAAAAAAGGUGAUCUAGUGAGUAAUUUAUUAUGUGUUUAAAAAGAUUAGAGUGCAAAUUAGAGGACCAAAAUGAAGAAAAGCUUCCGUUGUUGACUAUAACGGCGGGGUGUUGGCAACGAUCGGCCGUGCUAGAUCGCAGCCGUUUUUCUUAACAUGGCUGCAACGCAGGCCGAAAAGCAACAAAAUGACGUGAAUAGUGAUAAAGUGCAGUCAGAUCAGCAUCUGAACGUGCGGAAUUCCUUAUUACAAAAUGGAACCGAUAAGAGUGUUCGUGGAAGUGGCGGUAUAGUGCAUACAAAGGCUAAAAACACCGGCAGCAAAAACCUCGCCAUAGAAAUGAGUCAAUACCGACAGGAUAGUAGCGGUUGCGGCUCAACUACUGUUCCUGGACAGACAAACUCUAGUUCGGGCCCCACGUCCACCAGUGUCCCCGGUCCAACCUCCGAACCCAGCAUCGGCGGAGAGUCUGAACCGUCGGCUGGGGGCACAACUACCGCUACAGACUCAAAUAUUUAUUCGACAGAGGGUCCUCCCACCCCAUCGCCAGCCGACGGUCACGGUUACAGUUUUCCUUAUGGAAGAGAAGUGCAUAAUAGCGGAGAAGGUGGCAUCCACUCUUUUGGACCGCGACAACCAUUUGGAGCCCCAAAACAAAUGCCCCCACAUCAGCCUCAUCAACGCUUUCUAACGGGACCGUCGAUAUCCCAGUCCUCGGGCCCUACGCCUACGUUGAAUCAAUUAUUGCAAAGUAACAAUAAUACAAUGCCUCUCCGAUAUCCUAACAGUUAUGGUCAUCCCGACCAGCAUUAUAACCAGACUUGGCCACCACAGAAGCCUCUACAGCAGGGCUACGCUUCAGGUCCUCCGGGGGGUGGGGGGUCAGCACCAGUAGGUGUCCCACCAACAUCUUCGUAUAGGACACAGCCAUCAUUAUCGCCAGCGUACGGAGGUGGUUCAGCUCCAAGUCCCGGUUACAGUGAAAGCCGAUCGAGUUGGCCCAGCGGACCUUCAGGUCCAGGUGGCCACGGCCCGGGGCCGGGUCCAGGUAGUCCAGGUCAAGCUAACUCAUCAGCACCAGUCAGUCAACCAUCCCCACAACCAUCUCAACCUCCCAGCCAUUCUCCUGGACCUGGUAUGCCUCCCAGCCCGCAACAUCCAACCCAUCAGGGGUAUCCAUCUAGACCGGCGCCGCCUACUACCCCCAAUGCACAUGGUCCUGAUGCGGCGGAUCUAAGUGGGGGUAACAGCAAUGAUAGUUCUGGUGGUCCAGCACCAGGUACACCAAAUUCACAGGGUAUGCGACCGACUCCUUCUCCAACAGGAUCUACAGGUUCUAGGUCGAUGUCACCAGCAGUAGGCCAAAACAUUCCUAUGCCACCAAGGCCUUCAAGUGGACAGUCUGAUGGCAACGGACCUAGUCGUAUAAGUCACUCACCUAUGGUAACUCAGGGCAGCUAUCCAACACCUCAUUCAUCCCCUCACCCAAGUCACGGCUAUAAAGGUCAUCCUAGUAUGGUAGUAUCAGGUUCAGGAAAUCAGCAGAUGCCUCUAUAUCAACCAAAUCAGUAUCCUCAAACUGGUUAUCCUCCACGACCUCCUAGUAAUAUUCAAUAUCCAGGUCAAUAUGGCCCAGGUUCAGCACAACCUCCUCCAUCUAAUAGCAUGCCUCCACAACAGUUUCCAGGGAGGUCUGCUCCAAACCAUAUGCAGAACUCUCAAUUCCCACCUUACCAGCAGUCGUGGCAAUCCUCAAUGUCUACCAGCUCAAAGGGCAAUGGUCCAAAUGUACCCACACAAACGCCUGGUUCGCAAUCUCCAGGCCCUACGACGCGACCACCUCACUACCUCAAACAUCAUCUUCAACAUAAAAUGAGUUUUCAAAACGUUCAAGGUUCUACUCCACCUAGCCCUAGUCCUCCUCAAAAUUACCAUAUGGGUCCCCCGUCUGGGCACCAUCAUUCUGGUAUGGGUCCUCCACCUUCAAUGGGUCCUCCAAAUAUGCCACCUGCUAAUAGCCCACUCCUCCCCAACAACCAUCCACAUGAUGCUCCAAUGCCCCCACCUAGUUCCACACCGAAUUCUCACACGCAAAUAGUCACAGAUAUGAUGGACAAUGGUAUUACAACAACAGCACAAGCUGGACUCAAUACUCACGUUACUACGUCAUCUGCUGGGUCUGUCACAUCUGUUGUUACCACGGGACCUGAUGGAACACCCAUUGACGAAGGUUCUCAACAAUCAACAUUGUCAAAUGCAUCUGCUGCAUCAGGUGAAGAUCCGCAAUGUACAACACCGAAAGCUUCUCGAAAGAAUGAAAUGAAUAUAUAUAGUCAUCCAACGACGCCUCAAAGUACUGUACCAUCACCUGGUGCAGCCAGUAUAAAUUCCAUGCACGAAGAAUAUGGAGAACUUGGUAGCCCUAAUUGGCCGCGGACUCCUGCAAGUCCGGUGUUUAACAGUCAUGUGCCUCCUCCGGAUACGUAUCGCUCAAAGAAAACCGACAGCCUAAGUAAGCUGUACGAAAUGGAUGAAAAUCCAGAAAGGAAAGCUUGGUUAGACAAGUUGCUAGCGUUCAUGGAUGAUAGGAGAACACCUAUCACCACAUGUCCAACUAUUUCCAAGAAUCCCCUUGAUUUAUUCCGCUUGUAUAUGUUUGUAAAGGAUCGUGGGGGCUUUAUGGAGGUGACUAAAAAUAAAACGUGGAAGGAUAUUGCUGGGAUGUUAGGGAUUGGUGCUUCAUCAUCAGCUGCUUAUACGCUAAGGAAGCACUACACUAAAAAUUUACUAGCGUACGAAUGUCAAUUUGAUAGAGGUGGUAUUGAUCCUCAGCCUAUUAUAAACCAAGUUGAAGCAACAUCGAAGAAAAAGAGCGCGAAAGCUACUUCAGUACCAUCUCCUGGUUCUUCUAAUUCCCAAGAUUCCUUUCCACCUGGAUCAAGUGGUACAUCUAUGGAUGGCUAUCCGACCUACGGUGGCUAUCCAUCUUCUAACAACCCAGACUACCCUCCACAGCGGCCUUCCUCGCAGUCUGCUCCCUCUCCACAUGGAGGAGGUGUGAACCAUCUGAAUAGUGCCACACCUGGAGGGCCCAGCCCUUCGAGCGGUGCUGCAGACAACGUAAGCGUUUCCAAUCCUUUUGAUGACGUUUCUCCAAGUCCGCCUCCAAGAGGUGGUCCAUUUACAGGUGGACCACACCCUUCGUAUCCCACUGGGACACCUUCUCGACCGCCUGGUCAAAAUUACUCCGGACAACCUGGAUACCAAUAUCCUGGACCUGGAUCCGGUUCAAGUGCACCGCCAGACCAGUAUUCUCCCUAUCCCUCAGGUUCAGGCUAUCCACCAGCUGUUAGACCAGUCUAUCCUCCUUAUUCUGGUGAUUCUUCAGCACCUCCUUCAACACCCAACAAUGCACAGGGACCUCCAUCUUCUGUGGCACAAGAUCCUUACAGAUACAAUACUACUCCUGGUUCUGGGUAUAGUCCAAGACCUGCUUAUGGACAAGCUCCCAGUAAUACUGGACCUCCUACAUCUCAACCAGGUCCAGGAAAUUAUCCUCAGCAUCCUGAAUACUAUCGUCCAGAUCAAGUACCAGGAUCAGGAAGCGGAAGUGGAUAUACGGCGGGAACGAAUACAAAUAAGAAUAUGCCACCUCCUGGUCCUCAAGUACAAAGAAGACACCCUGAUUUUGCCAAAGAUCAGCCAUACCCAUACAACCAACCUCGAGCUCCAAUGUAUGGUGGUUGGCCAAAUAAUAACCAAUAUAGACCUCAGUAUAGUGGAUCGCCAGGUGCACCACAAGUUGCUCCGCAACAGUGGAAUCAGAGUGGAAGACCAGCAGGUCCUUGGCCUAGUAAUCAAACUUAUCAGCAACCACAACCAGGUCAACCACCGUGGCCAGGGAUGGCACAGCCCACAGGACAAAACGCGAAUAUGAGGCCUGUUCAUAGGCCAGGUAAACCAUUUCCAAAUAUAAUACCACCUGGUGGUGCCAAAGGUAGUCAAGCCCAACCUACAGCCAGUAAUACUUACAGUCAUAGUCAGGUGCCUAAGCGAGAGAUCAUUUUUCCACCUGACAGUGUAGAAGCUACCGUUCCAGUUUCAUAUCGUAGAAAAAGAUUAUGCAAAAGUGAUGUUGGUCAAAUUGAUGCUUGGCGUAUAAUAAUGUGUCUACGAUCUGGACUACUUUCAGAGAGUACUUAUGCUCUUGAUAUUCUUAAUGUACUUUUAUUCGACGAUUCCACUGUAGGUUAUUUUGGUUUGAAUCAAUGGCCUGGUUUACUUGAUUUGUUGAUGGAACAUUUCAAGCGUAGUCUUUCAGACAUGUUUGAUGGUCCAUAUCCGCGUGAAGAAGAAGACUUGGGAACCGAAGUUGAUCUCGGAGGAGUGUCAAAACCAAUAGAUCCUAAUUUAAAGACAGUAAUUUUGCAUGAAAGUACCAAUUACUCUUUUAUAACCCGCAAAGGACAUCCAGUGAAAUUAGUUGAUAGAGCUGAAGAUAUAUUUGUUCAGGAUCAUGUACGAGAUUGGGAUACCAAAGGAGAUCCCAAUCGAGCAAAUACAUUAGCGGAUAUUCCUACUGAUCCAUGGUAUACCAGUGCAGAUCACAUCUUACCUCCUUUCCAGGCAGAAUUCGGUCGUAUUCCAUUUCAUAUGCGAUUGGAAAAUGAUAAUAAAGUGAAAUGCGGAGAAAAGGAGGAACUUUUGGAAAGGAAAAUGAAGAGCCCUACACCCGAUGAGGCGCGAUCAGAUAAAAUUCCACCACCUGUCAAGAUUUGUGACAAAAGGCGUAGGACAAAAACAUUAAGUGAUGUGUUAUCUCGAAUUAAAAAAGAAUCAGAAGCAAACAACAUGCUCACAGACAAAAUAAAGACUGAUGUAGUGAGUGAAAAAACGAACUGUGAGGAAAGUCCAAGUAUAGAUCUGAAUAUUAGUGUAAACGGAGAGUGUGGUGAUUUGAAGGACCUUGUGGUGCGGGAUCCGUCCGGUACCUUAAAACGAAGGCGAAUUUCUGACUAUGAAGAUGAAGCUUAUGCCAGAGAUGAAGCUAGUUUGAUGCUCAUUACUGAGAGUCAGGACAAUAUUGGAAAACGUUGUGUUUGUCUAUCCAACAUUCUUAGAAAUCUCACAUUCAUCCCUGGAAACGAGAUUGAGUUCGCAAGAAGUCGAACAUUUUUAGCACUUAUUGGCAAAUUACUUUUACUUCAUCAUGAACAUCCACCUAGGACGCAAAAAACUAGAAAUUACGAUAGGGAGGAAGAUGCAGACUUUGCAGAUUCAUGUAGCAGUUUACAGGGUGAGAGUGAAUGGUGGUGGGACUUCCUAAUACAGAUUAGAGAAAAUAUCCUUGUAUCAAUAUCGAAUAUAGCUGGACAAAUAGAUGUAUCAAUAUUUGAAGAAGAAGUGGCUAGGCCUCUGUUAGAUGGACUUCUUCAUUGGGCAAUAUGCCCUUCAGCGGCUGGUCAAGAUCCUUUCGCUUCUGUAUCUCAUUCAUCAUUGCUUUCUCCGCAGAGGCUAGCUUUAGAAGCUCUUUGCAAGUUAUGUGUCACAAAUAGUAAUGUAGAUUUGGUAAUAGCAACACCUCCAUUUUCCAGAUUAGAGAAGCUCUGCGCUGUACUCACAAAGCAUCUGUGCAAGUCUGAAGAUCAGGUAUUGAGAGAAUUUUCAAUAAAUCUGUUGCAUUACUUGGCCGCAGCAGACAGCAGUAUGGCUCGAGUAGUUGCUUCACAAACACCUUGUGUUUCACUAUUAGUGGCUUUUAUCGAGCAAGCAGAACAGAGUGCUAUGAAUGUAGCUAAUACGCAUGGGAUUAGUGCUCUCAGAGAAAAUCCUGAUUCUAUGGGAACAAGUUUGGAUAUGUUAAGAAGAGCAGCCGCGACAUUAGUAUUUUUAGCUAGACAUCCCGAAAAUAAGACUUUACUGGUGCAACAGGAAUCAAGACUGCUUGCUCUAGUUAUGAGUCAGAUACUAGAUCAACAAGUAGCUUUGUUACUCUCGAAAGUUCUGUUCCAGAUAUCUCGUAGCUAAUCCGAUCUACUCUACAUCUGUAGAUACUGAACUAUUGAAUUGUUUUGUUGUCUAUGCGGCCUUGAAGGUGUACAGAAUAGACUAUAUAUAUAUAUAUAUAUAUAUAUAUAUAUAUAUAUAUAUAUAUAUAUAU